AUGGCGUCGGCUCAGGUGUUGCCGAGCUCACGGAAACAGGAGCAUCUCGAAGCAGGAAAGCGACGGUUGGAGGAGUUCCGCAAGAAAAAGGCAGCAGAGCGAGCCAAGAAAGCUGCAUCCACCAGCCAACCUCAUGCUUUGGAUGUGAGCCUAGAUCAGAGUCAACCGUUGGAGACUGAUCAUGUACGGCUAACAGAUUCAGAUGGAGUUGGCAUGUCUGAUUGGCCUCGAAGGCCUGUUGAACCCAUUGGUGUAUCUAUGAACAAUGGCAACAAAAUUGAUAUUACCGAGAAACUUGAACAAAGUUCUUCAAAAGAUGCAGAUCCCAGUCCUCCUUCAUUGAGUGAUUAUAGUACAUUGUUUUCAGGUAUAACGCAGAAACACACAAAUAUCUAUGAUUCUAACAGGCAUGAGGCUUCAGGAUUCGCUGGAUCAGCCAAUGUUGAGUAUGGCCAAGAGACGGAAAAAACGAAUAAUGACUCUGGAGUAUAUAAAGGGAGCCAAGGGGAACUUCCAUAUGGGAUUUCGUCUGACCACUCUAGUGGUUUUUAUGGCAGUUCUAGUCAAUCUAGUCUUUAUGGAAGGGAAUUGUUCCAAACAAAAGAAAAUAACAUCUCUUUAAAGGAUUCUGCGGUUAUAAAUGAUAGGACCCAUUUCCUUACUUCAAAUCCAAGUUCUACCAGCUCCGAACAGCAAACCUUCAAGUCCAGUUAUAGUAGCACCCCUGCCACUGUCGUGGACUCUACUCUGCCAAAUACCAAGCUGAGAGAUUCUGAUUCUGAAGUUCUGCAAGACAUGCAUUUCAAUUAUCCCAUGAAUUCCGAUUUUGGUGAAAGAAAUUUUAGUAGCUUCUCUAGUGAUUUGCAUACUCUGCGUGAUACAGCUGUGCAAACAUCUGAAUCUACAGGUUUCAACUCAGAUGCCAGGAUCUCCUCAAGUCAUGUGCCUCCACAUUCGGUCACUUCUGAAAGCAAUUCUUGGAGAUCUCGUCCAUCUUUCCUCGACUCUCUUAAUGUGUCUAGAUCGUCUUCUCGGAGUUCUUUCCAACGAACUGAACUAGAGGAGUCAUUUAUAAUCACUAAUUCCAAAUCAAACGGCUUCGAUGCUCUAGGAUCAUCUGCUUUCCAGAAGCUGGCAGUGGAGACUGAAACUGGCAGGAGGUUUUCAGAGCUGACGCCUUCAAGUAUGCCUAGUUCAUUUGAUCAUGCAACAAAAACUUCAGUUUCUUUUACUAAUGGGGUUGAUAUAAUCAAGUCUAAUACUAAUGAGAAUAGUAUGGAGAGAAAAUAUGAGUUUUAUUCGCCCAAGCAAAAUGAAGAUUUUUCUGCUCUGGAACAGCAUAUUGAAGACUUGACGCAAGAAAAAUUCUCUUUGCAACGAGCUCUUGAAGCUUCACGUUCUUUAGCAGAGUCCUUGGCUGCUGAAAAUUCAUCAUUGACAGAUAGCUAUAACCAACAGAGAGGUGUUGUCAACCAACUGAAAUCUGAUAUGGAGCAGUUACAUGCGGAAAUCAAAGCCCAUUUGGUGGAACUUGAGUCUGUCAAAAUUGCAUGUGCAAAUGCACAGCUUGAGUGUAAUGCUGCUGAUGAACGAGCUAAGCUACUGGCUUCUGAGGUCAUUGGUUUGGAAGAGAAGGCACUCAGACUAAGGUCUAGUGAGUUAAAGCUGGAGAGGCAAUUGGAGAAUUCACAAGCGGAGAUAACUUCUUACAGGAUUGACUUUUUCAGAAAGAAAAUGUCCAGCCUGGAGAAAGACCGUCAGGAUUUGCAGUCAACAAUUGAUGCUCUCCAAGAAGAUGAUAUGCCAGAGACUUCCAGCCAGGAACCACGGGAUGCUGCAUCCUUUCCUAGAAGUGAUGCUGCAUCCGUUCCUGGAAGUGAUGCUAUUGAUUUUCUCAUUCAGCCUGAAAAUGGUCAGUUGAAUCUUGAAGCUUCAUCUGUGUAUAUUCUACCAGAUCAAAUGAGAAUGAUUCAAAACAUAAACACAAUAAUUUCUGAGCUUGCAUUGGAAAAAGAAGAGUUGGUGCAAGCUUUGACAUCUGAGUCAUCUCAGUGCUCCAAGCUUCAGCAUCUUUUAUCACAAGUUCAUGAAGCAGUUGAUUCUAGUUUACUUUUAGAGUGUGCUUGUGUCAGAUAUGCUUUAUGGUGUAUGCUGUCGUUUCUUUCCAUUGAGCUCCUCCAGGUUCAGAUGUUUAGGGACUCGAUGCUUGAUGAGGGUUUAGUCUCUGAUUUGAACAAUGAAUUGUCACGUAAACUGGAGGCUCAAACUCAAAGAUUAGAGCUUUUGACUGCUCAAAGUAUGGCCAAUGAAAAUAUCCCGGCAAGGUUACCUGAUUCUCGUACCCUGCAGGACAGCACUGCAUAUGCAGAUGAAGGUGAUGAGGUAAGUGACUCUUUGGAUCCUGAAUUAUGGGGCUUAUCGCACAUUUGCAGUGCGAUGAUGACACUUGAUAAAAAAAAGAAAAAUCUAUGCCCACCUACUCGAUUGGCAGAUGAUGUCAAAAUACGAAGAAUUCAAGAUAGUGGUGGAAAGGGUUUUAGGGUGGAUUAUGAAGCUCUUUCCUGGAGGACCAUCCAGACGAAGAACAAGCAAGCUUCUUUAAUGCUAGACAGGAUCAUUCAUCAAACUGGAACACACCGUUGGGCUUCUAUUUCCUUUGCUCCCCUUAUUUUGGCAUCUCAACGGAGAUCGUAA